AUGACCCGGUCACCAAGGCCUUCUAUCGAGAGGCCUCAAACUCCAAACAGUCCCUUCCUCCACAACCUUCAGCAACGUCUCAGGAAGAGUUCGACAGCCUCGCGUGCUAGCUCGCAGGAUUCCGAAACUACCCAGACCAACUAUGAAGCGGCAUUGAGCCAGACUCACGACACAAGGUCAACCAAACGAUACCUCCUCUCAAUCCUCAGAGACGACUGGGAGUAUUCGACUGCACACGUGAAUGAGAACAACCCUACACUACAGCGAGAAGCGUCUGGAUAUCGUCUUCGAGAUGAGUCUGUUUCUGAGUAUGAGUCUGGCCCACGCAACAAGAAUGAUGACGCAUACAGAUUCGAUAGUCCGGACGACGUGGGUGUGACUAUCGAGCGUCGUCGCGCAAGAAAGAGGAGAUUGUUGGAGCAGGAGAUGACCUGGAACGACGGCCUGAGAAUAUGGACUUUGAGGAGAGAUGCAUGGACUGGUGCGGUACUACACAAGGCUGAGAGACAAUCAAGCAAUGGAGGUGGUCGCAAGAUGAGUUUCUCAAGAAGCAGCAAGAAGAAAAGCAGUUCCGAUUCUGCCCCUCAGAGCCUCAGUCCAACAACCGAUCGGCCGCUAGCCACUUCGAAUGGCACAGAUACAUACGGUGCUGUGAUAGACACAGCUCAGUCACCAACUCAACCGGACAUUGGGCUCCGAGAUGGUCCCUACCUACCGAUAUACCCACCCUUAAUUCCUGCCUCGAAUACCUUAAGAAGCCGGAUCAAGCCUGCAGCCUAUCCCACUCUCUAUUCGAAGGUAGUAGUGCAAGGUCUCGCACCGAAUGUUCCUAUCCCACUCAACCAUAUGAUCAAUGCUUUAGUAGAGGGCUGGAAGGCCGAAGGCAACUGGCCUCCACAAGCCGCGGAACCACAAACAGUAACAGGAGGUAGGACAAGACCUAAAAAGGUUGAGACUGCUUUUCAGAAAUGGAAGAGAGAUCAGGAUGAUAAGAGGCAGCUAGCCGCACAACGGGCACAAGAAGCAAAGUACACCAUGGAGGAGCCAGAGCACAAGGGUGUCAGAAGGAGUAUUACUGGGGCUGUGAAGAAAGCCUUUGGCAAGAAAGAUCCCGACGACGACAUUGAAGAGCAGCUUGAAAAGUUAGGAUUGAUGUUCGAAAGUCAGGAAGAGGACGAGGAUGGCGCCACAGCUCUGCAUAACGGACACGUAUAG